CUUCAUUCGCCUAUGAUCAUUUCGACUCAUACGCGAUUAUGGUUCCAAGGUUCGACACCAUCGCUGGGCCACGUUUAGCUCUGACUGUGCUCGUCUGACCAGAAAGGGCAGGAAGGGCAGGAAGGGCAGACGAGGGCGGCUCGACCGAACUUGGAGAUUCGUGGAAUCCAUCGAAUGGGUUUUUUCCUUCUAAUUCUGGGCGCAUCUGGCGCUCUGUUGUCGACUCAUAAUCUUUCAAGUUCAAUCUGGUCUACGUGUAUACUAUCACUCUACGCAGGUGGACAUCAACGAGGCUGAUACCAAGCCCUAGAAUUCAGCCAUUCCUGAACUUCUGCAAGCCCAUUCUAGCCUCGGAUGUACGACUGUUAUUUCCACCACAUCUGUUAAGUGUCUUUGACUCAGCGGACGUUCGGACAUGGAUAUGGAAGUAACGUCUGACAAAGCGUACUCGUUUUCUUCCAGUACUUUUAUUUAAACGGCAGCCUUCUGGAUUGAUACCUGGAAACCGCUCUUUGCAAACGAAGCUUGUGGAUUAAACCAUCGCAGCUAUGAUUGAUACAGAUUCAAGAUCGGCGACGCUUGCAGAGCCCGCAGGCGAGAACUCACAAUCCCCACCAGAAUCUUUGAACAAGGAAGAAACGGUCAACGACAAAACGACAGAUACUGACAGAAAUGUGGAGGAAGAAAUCGUUGAACAUGAGGUGAAAUAUGAAACUGGUAUCCGGUUGACGUUUAUCAUCAUUGCACUUCUUCUCAGUAUUUUUCUGGUAUGACGUCUGCAUUCCUCAACUAGCUUUUCCACUAAUACGGAUAGGUUGCGCUUGACAUGACAAUUGUUGGUACGGCAAUCCCCAAGAUUACGGACGAGUUCAAGGGUAUUGAUCUUGUUGGGUGGUAUGGGAGUGCGUUCUUUUUGACAGUCGGUGCUUUUCAAUCGACAUGGGGGAAAGCAUAUAAAUACUUCCCACUGAAGACUACUUUUCUUACAUCUAUUGCUGUUUUCGAAUUGGGCAGUUUAAUAUGUGGUAAGUGCAUAUUUGGACUCUAGACCUUGAAUCUCUUCUUAGUCUAUUACUAGGUGUUGCACCCAAUAGCACCGCCUUAAUUGUUGGACGUGCAAUUGCUGGACUAGGUGGUGCUGGUAUUGCUUCAGGAUCAUACACGAUUAUCGCAUUCGCCGCACCUCCAGCUCAGAGAGCAGCUUACACUGGAUUCUUGGGUGCUGCUUAUGGAUUGGCAUCUGUGGUGGGCCCAUUACUCGGAGGAGUAUUUGCGGACAAGAUCACUUGGAGAUGGUGCUUCUAUAUCAACCUACCAAUUGGAGCUGUUUCUGUGGCCAUCAUUCUAUUCUCUUUCACCACGCCUGCACAUGCCGUUCCCGCCAAAGCAUCACUCCUGGAAAAGUUUCUGCAGAUGGAUCUACCUGGAGCUUUUGUUAUCAUGGCAGCUAUCAUCUGCUUCCUCCUGGCUAUCCAAUGGGGCGGACAAACAAAACCUUGGAACGAUUCAGAGGUCAUCGGUCUAUUAGUCGGAUUUGGGCUCAUACUCAUACUCUUCUUCGUAAUCGAAUAUUUCCAAGGCGAACGUGCCAUGAUAGUUGGACGUCUUCUCAAAGACCGACAUGUUAGCGUCGGAAUGGGAUUCAUUUUCUUCUUGGGCGGGGCGUUCUUCAUCCUCUUGUACUUUCUCCCAAUCUACUUCCAGGUCGUAUCUGGGGUUUCCGCAUCCCAAUCAGGUAUCCGCAAUCUCCCACUCAUCAUCGCGGUAGUCAUAGCUACCAUCGCUUCUGGUGCGGCAAUAAGUGCAACUGGUCACUACGUCCCUUGGCUCAUUGGAGGUUCUGUCAUCGCAACCAUCGGAGCAGGACUAAUCUACACACUCGACAUCGGAACCUCAUCAGGCAAAUGGAUCGGAUAUCAAGUCCUCGCUGGUCUCGGACUAGGCGUCGCCUUCCAAGUCCCCAUCAUCGCAGGACAAGCAGUCGUCGCAGCCUCCGACCUUUCCAGUACCACGGCCAUGAUCCUCUUCGCGCAGACCAUUGGUGGUGCAUUCUUCGUGUCGGCCAGUCAAACCGGCUUCUCCAAUGAAUUACUAAAAGCUCUCCCUUCGUUCGCUCCGUCUGUCGAUCCUAAACGGGUUCUCACUGUCGGGAUCACAGAGAUUCGAUCGUCUUUCGCUGCGGAUGAGGUGCAGGGCAUUAUCAGAGCUUAUAUGCAGGGCCUGCAUGUUUCGUUUGCGUUGGCGAUCGGUUGUGUGGGUGUGUCGGUGCUUUUUGCGUUUGCGAGUAAGUGGACGAAUUUGAAGGGGAAGAUGCAACCUGGUGGUGCGGCUUAAUGUGUUUGUAUGGGGGUGUAAUGGUAGAUGGGGUUGGGAGGAUGUACACGUGGAUGUAAUAUGAUGCGUAAUGUUAGGUCGCUUAGCGGGGGUUGUGGUAAUGACGGGAUCGUAUAGACUGGUAAUUUGGGGA